AUGUCGAAAUUUGAGAUGGAGCACGAGAGGAAGCGCCCCAAAAACUGGAGCUUUAAUUACGGAGUGAAAGACCAACCACGGGAACAGCUUAACUUCCGGGAUUCUUCACGCCAGAUCCAUCAGCAUCUAGCUAAAAAAUGUCGAUUUGACCAGAACAUGGAAAAAAGACGUUCUGUGCAAGAUAAAAUGGAUGGAUCGGAGAGGCAGAACUAUCCCCAAAACUGCCAGUCCCAAUGUGGAGGAGAGGUGGGAAGAAGGCAAGAGAAGAGAAAGAUGCAGAAUGUUAACCAUGCCAGACAGGUGCCCAAAGAUGACCCGCAGUUUGGGAGAUCCCAACAGUGUAGAGGGAACAGCACCAAGAAUGGUCAUUGGUAUGAGGUUAAAAGUGGCAGAGGAGAACCUGGCCAAACUCAGGUCAAUGAAAGCCCAGUGAUUCGCAGUCGUAAACUCAAAAGAUGCUGGGAAGGUAAGCUCAUUUUUUUCCUCCUAACCUACUGUUUCCGUUUGUCAAACGUGUUUUGUUAGAAUUGUUGAUGGGUUUUUUAACCUGUUGUACUGCACUGCAGAAUAUGUCAGCACUAUAUAAAUCAUUGUAAUUGUUAUUUAAGGUCAAGCUGAAGCCAAAAAUGAGGACGGUUUUCAUCCUAAAAGAAAACAGAAUGCAGAUAUGGAGUACAGUCCUCCUAGAAUGACAUUAGAGGAGCUGGAUAAAAAACUGGCAGAAUACGACCUACCUACUCAAAGUCUGCCAGUUAAAUCAACGGACCUUAACUAUCCCCAAAAUUGUCAGUCUCAGUUUGGGAGAUCCCAACAGAUUAGAGGGGAUAGCACCAAGGAUGGUCGAUGUCCAGAAGUUAAAAGGGGCAGAGUGGAAGCUGGUCAAACUAAGGCCAAUGAAAGCCCAGUGUUUCGCAGUCAUAAACGAAAAAGAUGCUGGGAAGGUAAACUCGUUUGUUUCAUCUUCACCUAUUGUUUCUGUUUGUCAAAUGUGUCUUGUUAGAAUUGUAUGUCUUUUUUUUUACCUAUUGUACUGCGCUGCAGAAUAUGUCAGCACUAUAUAAAUCGUUGUAAUUGUUAUUUAAGGUCAAGCCGAAGCCAAAGAUGGGGACGGUUUCCAUCACAAAAGGAAACGGAAUGCAGAUAUGGAAUACAGUCCUCCUAGAAUGACACGAGAGGAGCUGGAUAAAAAACUGGCAGAAUACGACCUACCUACUCAAAGUCUGCCAGUUAAAUCAACGGACUUCAACUAUCUCCAGAAUUGUCAGCCUCAGUUUGGGAGAUCCCAACAGAUUAGAGGGGAUAGCACCAAGGAUGGUCGAUGUCCAGAAGUUAAAAGGGGCAGAGUGGAAGCUGGUCAAACUAAGGCCAAUGAAAGCCCAGUGUUUCGCAGUCGUAAACGCAAAAGAUGCUGGGAGGGUAAGCUCAUUUGUUUCCUCUUCAUCUACUGUUUCUGUUUGUCAAAUGCGUCUUGUUAGAAUUGUAUGUCUUUUUGUUUUUUUUACCCAUUGUACUGCGCUGCAGAAUAUGUCAGCACUAUAUAAAUCGUUGUAAUUGUUAUUGAAGGUCAAGCUGAAGAUGAGGACGGUUUCCAGCCCAAAAGACAACGGGUCGCAGAUGUAGAUUUCACUUCUCCCAGAAUAACACUAGAGGAGCUGGUUAAAAAGCUGUCAGAAAUACGUGUUGAAAGCCGGCCAGUUACAUCAAUGGACGUCAACCAUUCCGGCACACAAGACUCAUCUGUUGAAGAUAUGGAAGUCGAUUAG